AUGGUACACAGAUGUAGUGAAGUUAUUAAUUUAUUGCGAGAGUGAUAGCUUGAAUUCACCACGCAACUGGAAGCCCGGGUGCGUCAGAAGAUGAGAGAGCUUCUAGUAAAAUCACACUGAUUACUGCAAGACCAAUUUUUUCUAACCAUCGCCAGAAACCUCGGAUAUUCUAGGAUGAAAGCAUAAUCCGAGGCAAACGAGCUGUUAUCUCCGUUGAGACAGCCAUAGGUUAGCCUAGAUGGCGAUAGACAAGAACGCUAUCAAUUGAUAUUGAUUUGGUUUUGUUUUGUUCAGGAUGGAGAUGAUGCUGAGCAGUUGAAAACCGGUGAAGAAAUUGUGGCGAUCUUUACACGAAGAUCUAGCUUUAUUUAAAUAACGGAUUAGAGUGGACAAGGACCAUGCAAUGUUAAGUCGGUCUUGUGCAGAGUACUUAGCAUUCUCUCAAUGACGGAUGUUCGUGAAACCAAGCAAAAAUGGCUAAUUUAGUAAUCGUCUUUGCUAGCCUUGGGGUUCUGUGGUUACUUGGAUGUGGCGAGUCAAAAAGGUUGGUAUCAGUCGGAGUUCUUGUCGGGCGAGACGACUACGAUCUCAGUCUUGCACUCGUUACGUCAUAUUACAAUGCGGCUGAGAAGCAUGUUUUAGGCCAAAUUACCAAUACGUUGAAGGUAGUAGAAUUGAGGACAACUGCCUCUGAAAACCCAUGGGAGUUCUCAAAGAAGGUCGAAACUUUCCUGGCAACAGAGUCUCCAGCUGCAAUGAUUGGCCCAUACUUAAACAGCUUGGAUUUCCUAUUCGCAAGCAAAGUCCCUUAUUUCCUCAUCACCAAUGGACCUGUUGACUAUGCAAACAAGAACGGUAUCGGAGCGACCGUGGAAUGCGAGAGGUCGGGGGCUGGUAAAGCCAUCAGCGUUCUACCGGCCUUGGAUUAUAUAGCCUAUCCGAUUCUUUAUUACAUUGGGAAGUAUAGGGAGAUGGCGAAAGUCAAUGUUGUUGUCAUAACGGAAGACGCAGAAAGUAUGUCCCUCCUCAUGAACAGUGACUCCGUUUAUAUGGAUAGUCGUCCUCGCCUAUUCCCUCUGGUUCUACCUGAAGCACUGAGCAUGCAGCAGAAGAAGAGACGCCUUGGCUACACAAGGACUUAUGGCAUCACCGAAUACCUCGUCCACUCGAACAGGCUAGAGUUCAUCAAAGGAUUAUUUGCAUUGGCGAGAUCCUUGAACUUGAUGGUUCCAGUUUAUACCUGGUAUCUUACCUACCCGGAUAUCGUCAGCCUCACCCUGGACCCCGAAGCAACAAGCAUAAUGAACAAUAGAUCUAGGGUUGUAGGUGUGGACUACAUCGGUGCCUUUUCCGACUAUUCUCUGAAGACUCCCACAGCAGGGAAGGAAGUCGCGCAUGCCACUUUAUUUGACUCAUUGCUUGUGCUUACAAAGGCUAUAUCGAGUCUGCUAUCAGUUGGCGGGGCCGUCAAGGCUUCUGCAGUUGAUACAAUUUUGAGGAGACCUAUCAUUAGCCCUUUGACGGGAUUAACCGGUUCUUUGGCAGGUACCAAUAAUGAUCCAACUAUGCAUAACAGUAGCACUCUCCUAUGCAGGAGGGAAGUGGCGGUGAAUGUGUAUGCCUUCCAGAAUGGGAGCUUCGGCAAGGUAUCGUCUUAUGCGCUGCCGAACAACUCGUUCGUCAAAACCGGAUGGCCGUUGCCCAACUUCUCGAUGCACAUGUAUCCGAACCGAGAUGCCAACUCCGUGCUCUUCAAUCGCAUUCCUGCUAGGGUUGCUGUCAGAGUGGAUAAACCCCUCGUCAUGGUGAACACCAGCGCCACCAACAACGCUGAACGAUACUACGGAGUCCUGAUAGACUACUUGAAAGAGUACGCCAGGAGGAUGAACUUUACCUACGAGCUCUAUGAGACCCCUGACGGAAAGAUCGGCGAACUGUCCCCCAGUACUGGUUGGACUGGCCUAGUCAGGCAGCUGAUAGACGAGAAUGCUACUCUUGCACUAGGAACUUUCCAGCAAUCAGAGAUCAGAUCAAAGUUCAUCGACGCGACUUCGCUGGUCCAGCUUGGUUACCUCAGUUUACUAAUGAAAAGACCAUCCCUUCAGACCUCACCGUGGCAAUUCGUCCAGCCCUUCAGCUGGAGCCUAUGGCUAACUGUCGCGGGGAUAUACAUAGUUGUCAGCUUCAUGCUGUAUCUUGUGACGUACCUCGACAAACAGCAGCCCAAGUUCAACCUUCUCGAAAGCUUCUAUUACCUCGCUGGACUCCUGUUCGGAGGUGCCACAGACGCGUACCCCACAUCGACGCCGAGCAGGAUUAUUACAGGGGUCUUCAUCUUCUUCUCGAUCGUGGUGUUUCAGUCCUACACCGCCAACAUGACCGCCUUCCUGACCAUGCGAAGAACAGGCGACAUCGUGGCCGAUCUCGUGGCGCUGUCCAAGCAAAGCACGUAUGAGUACGGCGUGGUCAACGGCAGCGAGGCCCACAACAUUCUCUCCAGCUCCACCGAGGAGACUCAGAAAAGAAUCUGGAUGUAUAUCGAUCGGAAGAAAACGAAUCGAAUACUUCAAAGUUAUGGAGAAGCUAUUGAUAAGAUAGGCGCAGGGAAGUUCAUUCUGUUAAGCGAAACUGUAUUGACCAGGUACUACCAGAGCAAGAACUGCAGUCUGAUGAGUGUAGAUCAGCAAAGUACGAUGCCUAUACGCUACGCUAUCGGGCUCCGGAAGGGCUCCCCCUUGGUUACAACGUUUAACACUAUUAUCGAGAAAGUCAACGAGGAGGAUUUCGGAGAGAAGAUGCAAAAAAGUUGGUAUCCAAACCCAAACUGUGCCCAAGACUUCCAGGCAUCAACCGCAAAGAUCAAGACUAGUCCCCUCUCCUGGUCGGAGAUGAUUGGUAUUUUCAUAACGCUUGCUAUAGGAGCUUGCGUCGCCAUUCUUCUGGCCCUAGUCGGUUGGUGCCACAAUCGAACGAAGACGGGAAAGGAGAAAAGGGUCAACGCACAGGAAAGAAAUAACGAAAGUACCAAAUUCUAGAUGAUCAGGAUUUUUUAUUUAGUACCUAGUCUUUUCAACUGAGAGAAUAGUGUAUGAACAUUUUUAACUGUCGCUGGUCGAUCGAUCCCCGUUCUCGGCUGACACACUUGGUCUUUAUGGAAAUAUAAUACUAUUUUUCUUGAGCGAGAACAUCAAAACAGCCAAGGAUAAGAAAGUAACUGCUGCAAGAUUCACUUGACUCGUAAAUGCUCAAGAAACGGCGACUUUUUCCAAAUUUUCUAUUUCUGGUAUAUCAGUCUUUUCGACUGAAAACGUUCAGUCAUUUGACACUCUUGCUGCUAAAUAAUUAAAACAUGAUUGAUAAUGCCAUUUAAUGCGGUUGCAUCCGAAUUGCACCGCUUUUAAAAAGAAGACUACGCGCCAAUUAAUGUCUACAAAAUGUUAUAGAGAUAUGGAAGAACUGAGUAUACCAAUGUUGAGUGAACAAUACAUGUCGAUCCAAAUCGAAUCGGCGGGAGAGUCCGGCAGAUACUCAAUGGGUCAGCCGAUACGACGGCCUACAGACCAAGGCACCUCAGGCCGCCAGUGCUGGAAUCCAAGAGAGACAAUAACAAAUGAAAGUUUAACGAAUUUAUUUGGCACCCGGUAUAUAAUUUGCAAUAUAUCUUAACGUGCUAAAUGCGGAUUAUGUUUCGAACAGCAAGAAAUUGCUCUCCAAUUAAUUCGAUUCCGUGCAGAAACUCGCGUAUGACUUGACGAUGCUUCCUUACUGCUUUGAUGCCGACUGAGGAGCAGGAAGGGCAUUAUAUCGCUCGUGCGAAAUUCGCUUUAACGCCUUUUCGCUUUUACAUCUUUACUGGCCUACGGCACGGUCCCGAGACAGGCUGUCUGUUGUCAAGAGUCUGACCAAAAAGCUUGGAGAAAGGAAUAUGUCAAAAAGUCCCCGAAUUUGGAUGCAUACUGACCUUUGCACCUUUCUGAUUUCCUUUGUGCUGCAAGGACCCCAUGGUUUGCCAUUAGGAGACUUUAUAUUUGGAUUUGCCAUGAUGUCCUCGCAAUAGGUUUGUCGUGGAUGCCAGCCGCCCAAACUAAAAUCAAAAAGAGGAAAUUUGCAACCAUCCGCGCUUGGCGAAAUCGACAAUAAAACGUUUCUCUUAGCUCUGACAUUUCACUACUACAGAGUGUCCUAAAAUGUGAUCGACAUGUCUUGGACUGGCAAAUUAGCUAGCGUUGCGGGCAUGAGUGUAUUGCAUGUGGUUACGUAAGCACAAAAUCGAUUAUCUUUUUAUGAUGACAUCCCCAGCACAUCUUUUCAGAAUGUUCGCGGACAUUUCUUGAAGCAUCCAAUGGCAGACCACACCGAAAACUAGUUAAAACUUAACGCAGGCACGCACAACGCAAGUCGCCCUGACAGAAAAUCGCGCCAAAUGGUCGAGAUUAGGUAUGGACGUUGGCCCGGAUGUCAAAAGAGGUAUUGUCACUAACGCUUGCGUUUGCUUAACUUGGCGUUAAGUCUUAGGGCUUACUUGAAGAAGAUAACGCCUAUUUAAGUUAACGCCAGCGUUAGCAACAAAUUCGUUUCGAACAACUAGGCACUGGUGCAGGCGUAUAAGAACGUAUCAUUGUGCACGCCGGUGUAGAAGUUUAAAAUGUCCUAGGAUAAAAUGUCCGGGAACAAGGGAUUCUAUUAUGCACUUCAAUCUCUGAGCUAUUGACGGUCAGGGUCUAUAGAACCAUAUUGCAGAAUAGGGCCGGACACUUUUUCCAGGGGGGACACUUUUUACUUUUACACCGGGUCAAAGACUGACAGAAAGAUUUCAUUUUUCAUCCCGUGUAUACUCACAGAUGUCCCAGCUCAUGGGCCAAGAGCAUAUGCCAGAGAGGAACUUCUCUCCAGGUCUCCGUUUGAGCAUACACGAACAGGCAGUUCACGUUCUGUUCUGGUGGUUUACAGAUGGUGCCGAUGCUGGCCGAUGCACCCGGGGCUGCAAAAACAUGAUUUUACUAUAAAUGAGCUGUACAUCGCUUUUAUGACAUUAUCUAAUUAUGACAUGGAGUUAUUAUAAAAAUGAUAAAGGUCAGGACACUUCAUUAUGUAUGUUAACCCAUUCAUUGCAAUGACACAUUUUCUGCACUUUUACAUUUUUUUGUGGUUUUAAUAAUGUCAUGAAGCUUGAUUAUGUAUAAUUAACCCAUUCAUAACCCAUUCAUUGCAAUGACACAUUUUCUGCACUUUUACAUUUUUUUGGUGGUUUUAAUAAAAGGUCAUGAAGCUUGAUUAUGUAUGAUUAA